AUGGACGGAUGUGUUUUCAAUCCGCUGAUGGCGAUUGCGGAACAGACGGGUUGGGUCCUAUCCCAGGAGAACUGUGGUCAGACCAUUGCAGCAGAGGAAGCUUUCGACAUUCCUCCGGUAAUAUUCUAUCAUUUAGCGGAUCCACUAAUGCUCUAUACGCUAGCUUUUGUUGAUUUGGAUGGCGCUGACGAGGAGAACCGAGUGUAUUUGCAUUGGCUAGUUGUUAAUGUUCCGGAAUCUGCUUUGGCACAAGGAAUGACGUAUAUGGACGGAGACACCGUUAUGGACUAUCUAGCACCCGAUCCAGGAACUUAUGAGCACCGGUAUGGACUCUACCUGUACGAACAGGUUUACGGCACAACCUAUCCGCCGCUGCCGAACGUUCGCGAGGAGUUCGAUUUGACCGGUUGGAUUAAUUCGAUUUUCCCCGAGGGCGCACUUUGUGGUCCGGUUGCGUCGAUUGGAUUCAACGCGUAA